AUGUCAUCUACGGAGGGAGCCACGAGUAAUAAUGCAAGCAACGCUGACGAGUACAUUAAACUAAGGGUGGUUGGUCAAGAUAACAGUGAAGUUCAUUUUAAAGUUAAGAUGACAACAUCCAUGGGUAAACUUAAAAAAUCCUAUGCUGAACGUCAAGGAGUCACAGUUAGCAGUUUGCGAUUUCUCUUUGAUGGUAAACGUAUAAAUGAUGAUGAAACACCAAAGCUUUUAGAAAUGGAAGAUAACGAUACAAUUGAUGUAUACCAAGAACAAGUUGGUGGUUCAUUUUAA